AUGGUCCCACUAAGCCUGGAACGACAGGCCGCAGACGGGUCGCUACAUGUUGAUAUUACGGUGCCUCAAGGUUUUGUCGUCUUCGAGAACGACCCAAUCUUGAAGAUUGGUGAAUUGGACAAGGAUGAAGCUGUGCUGCGUCUGAUCCCAGGAACGAGAUGCACCGCCGGCGACGCUCUGGGACUCGGGCAAACGCCGCCAGGCACAGCCAGGGAAAGCCCGCACCAUCAAAGAUCGUGUUGGACGGGAGCUUCCACUUGCAACGAUAACAAACGCUAUCUGCCCCUCCGAGAAAAGAGUCCACCGCUCCGCCGCGGACCCUCGUCGCCCUCCCUGCCACCACGCAAUGCGAUGGUUCUCGGGUGGUGAAAAUGGUGUACUCAGAAGGUACAUCGGCCGGACAUGGUCCACGCGCAACAGGCAAAACAGCCAUUCUCCAAUCGCC